AUGCCGCUAACGGGCUGCGAGGUGAUAACGUGGCUCGCGGUAGGCUUGACGAACAAUAGACCGGCCGAUGGUAAAACAAUCGUGUGGCAGAACAUGGGUCAGGCGAUAACGCAGUGCACUAGUGGCCGAUUUUCCGACAUUCUAGUCAUCCCGUCAGAUAAAGGCAACAAAACUGUAUUGAUGUUUGCAGAAGACUACAAACAGAAAAUGCUGGCGUUGGUCAACGACCAUCAAACGUACGAACGUAUUCCACGUGAUCCAACAAGCAGAUUUCAGAAUCAAAACAACAGCAUCGUACAACGGAUCCGAGCACUGGAUCUGAUCGACGACAAAACAGCCAGAUCUUUGAAGACGUACUCAGCGGUAUGCCCAAAAAUCUACGGACAGCCAAAGGCUCACAAAACAGGACUACCACUCCGUCCGGUGGUUCCAAACAUGACCGCGCCAUCAUACAAUUUGGCCAAAUUCGUCGCAAGUAUUCUAAAGCAAUCCAUAGAAAGUCCGUACAAUAUCAAGGAUUCAUUCUCUUUUUGCGAAUUCAUCAAUGGGACCCAACUUCCGCCCAAUCACAUGUUGGUGUCGCUCGACGUCACAGCGCUUUUCACGUCGAUCCCAAAACACCUGGUCAUCGAAAACGUUCGACAAAAGUGGAACGAUAUUAAGCAACACACAAACAUCAAUCAAAGUCUAUUUGUUGAAAUUAUUGAAUUCUGCAUAGAUUCGAGUUACUUCGUCUAUGAGGGCCAGUAUUACAAACAAAAAUUCGGCACAGCAAUGGGCAAUCCGCUCUCUCCAAUAGCAGCGGAUCUUGUGAUGGAGACCCUAUUAAACACCGUCUUGGAAAAUAUGGGUUUCCGUUUACCGUUCAUCCGUAAAUACGUAGAUGAUCUCGUCACAGCAAUUCCCCUAGAAAAACUAAAACAAUUACUCGACGCAUUCAACAGCUAUGACAUUCAUAUCCAGUUCACGCAUGAGCUGGAAAUGAAUAACAGACUACCCUACUUGGACAUGCUACUCAUCAGACAACAAAACCAAAGGGUAACAACUGAAUGGUAUUCAAAACCAAUUGCGAGCGGCAGAUUCCUUGAUUUCUACUCAAUCCACCCUAUGAGUAUGAAGCUAAAUGUUGCCAAAAAUUUCAUCUGUCGAGUAAACAAGCUUUCAACAAGCUUAUCAGAUACGGAGAAACACAAAAUAAUCGACGAUCAUCUGAAGCUGAAUCACUAUCCGUCAAACCUCCGGCACCGACUGGAAAACCGCAUGAAUGAACGACGUCAUCAAACACAGUCUAAUGUCACAGAAGAGAAACGGUUGAAAUAUACCUACCGAUCGCUGGCAUACAUACCGGGCCUAUCGAGCAGAAUCGACAAGCUGCUGAAAAAGGACUACACGAAUAUCAAACUCGCAAACUACAACAUAAAAACAGUAAGACAAAUAUUCAGCAACAUCAAAGAUCCGACACCUCCCGGUCAACAAACAAACGCCAUUUACAACAUUCCGUGCAUUCCGUGCCCAGCCUGCUACAUAGAUAUGACGACAAAUAAGUUAAGUACAAGGAUGAGCGGACACAAAACACACUACAAUACACUAGAUCGUCUCACUGCAACAAACAUAAACAUUACAGAUCCACAAAUAACACUUCUGAGCCAAAAACAGCACUACUUGAACAUAGUAUAG